AUGAAGAAGAUUUGUUAUAUGUUGUAUUAUAUAUUGAUGGAUGGUGAGGAAGAAGAAGAAGAAGGAGUUGACCUGACAGACCUCCUCCACGUUCGUUGUCGUUUACGCGGCCGCCUCAUCAACUCUGCAACCAGAGAUCUCAUCUCAACAGUCGUAUUCUUCCAUGGAUUAACAUCCCCAUACUAUAAUCAUCAUAAUCAUAAAUGUCAUAUGAACUUCAACAACCGUCAGAUAGGAUAUGAUACUGUGCAUAGUACUCGGAUAUCUCAACGAGAUCAUCAUAUGAUGAUUCCUUUUUUUGUUUAUGAUGUCAUUGUCAUUGCUAUGAUGUAUAAAUCAAUCAUUUUAAUUUUCGCCAUCUUUGUAGCCUCAUGUUUGGCACAAAAUGUUACCACCUCUGUUCAAAUUUGUCUACCAUGUGGUGAUAAAUUAUCUUGUGAUCCAACCAACCCAUGUUUCAAUGUAACUCUUCCAGCCGUCUGUGUAACUGCCGCCGAUCCAUGCAAUGCUACUGCAUUAAUCUACUUUUCCGUCAACGUCACUGGUACCGAUGUCACAUUUACUCCAUACUCUGACAACAAGUGUCAACGUUUGAUUGAUGGUGCCGCCGAAAACGGAACCUGUGGCAAGUGUAACGAAGAGACUGGAGUUUCUUUCAACUGCACUCAAGAUAAUGGAACCACCUCUACCACAUCUGGUAACUCAACUACCACUGGUGCCACCACCUCUGAUACCACUACUGCUGGUACCACUGCUGGAACCACCACCAACUCUACUACCACCACCGCUGGUACUACUGCCGGAACCACCACCAACUCGACUACCACCUCUGAUACCACUACUGGAGCCACUACUACUGGAACUACCACCAACACUACUACUGGUGCCACUACUGCCGGUACUACUACCAACACUACCACCACCUCUGAUACUACCACUGGCGGCGUAACCACUGCCACCACUACUGCUGGUACUACCACCAACACCACCUCUACUGGAACUGCUACUGCCACCGCUACCGCCACCACCACUGCCACCACUACCGCCACUUCAACUGGUCCAUCAUCAAGCGACAGUGACGAUUCCCAACAUGGUUCUGGUUCAUCUAUCAAGGCUACCUUUGCUUUGGUUAUUUUAGGCUUCAUUGCUUUAAUUCUUUAA